GUUCGGCACAUCCCGGGGUGCGCGGAGAGCGGAUACAGAGGUGCUGCUGCUGCUGUGUGUGUGUGUGUGUGAGUGUGUAUGUGUGUGUCGGUCCUGUCCGCUGUCAGUCUGCACCCAUAUGCCUGAGCUGCUAUUCAAACCAUAAACUACAACGAAGGAAAACUACAACAAACAAACAAGCGCGGCAGGUGGCGUUGUGCUGUACAGACAAUGGCUCUCUCCUGGAGUCUCCUCCUGGCGGUCUGGUUUGCCACCCUGACACUGUCACACAGCGCUGAGCCUGGAUCUCCUCACGGCAAGAGGAGACAGACCUCAGCAGGUGGCAGCAACGCCCUGCAGCACCCUCUGCAAGGUCCACAGGGCCACCGUUACAGCAGGGAGCGUGGAGGGCACGGGGGCCUGGGGGCCCGCGCGGCCAAAGGUGGAGCCGGGCUGCUCUCACACAGGCCCAUGCACCCCCUGGCCAGGCCUGAGGAUGAUGGGACGGGCCUGGAGAGUUUGAGCCCGGUGAGACUGGAGAUGGGCCCGGUCAGGGACAGAGACAGAGCUCGAAUGAGUAUGAAGACUCCAACCCAGACCCGGGAAAACCAGCUUCAAGGGACGCGCAAAGGAAGGGGGCAUGGACACGGGAACGGGCAUGGACACCAUUUUGAGCACAGGAGACAAGGGAGUCGGCGUGACAAAGAACGGCAUGGAAAAGGGUUUCUUCCAGAGCCUGAGCUGAGCUCUGCGUUUAGGGACAGAGAUCUGUUCGAGGAUCCUCCCUCCUCCUCCUCCUCCUCCUCCUCCUCCUCUGCCGCCUCCCCCUCCCUCAGCCUGACCCCACCCAGUGAGUCCCCCUCCCCCAUCGUCGCUGUCUUUGGCUCUGGCUCCUCCAUGGUUACCACGGUGAUGAACGAGCAUCCCCCAACGCUGCCUCCGGCCUCCACCAAACCCCAGAGGACUGGAAAAGCAAAAGGACAAGGAGAGGUGAUGCCAACGUUGGACAUGGCGCUUUUUGAUUGGACAGACUACGAGGACAUGAAACCUGUGGACACUUGGCCGUCUUCCAGGAAGAAAGACAAGAGGCGGAGUAAGAACCUCAGCAGUGGAAAUGUGACUGUAGACGCUGACGCCAUCGAGCCAUGUGACCACCACCUGGACUGUCUCCCAGGUUCUUGUUGUGACUUGAGACAACACGAGUGUAAACCUCACAACAGAGGCCUCAACAACAAAUGCUACGAUGACUGCAUGUGUGAGGAAGGGUUUCGUUGUUACGCUAAAUUCCACCGGAAGCGGCGUGUGACCAGGAGGAAGGGUCGCUGCGUGGUGCCAGAGGCAGUCAGCGUUGACCAAGGGGACUUCAUCACUAUCUGAGGAAGAGGAGCUGGAGGACAAGAUGGAGAAGGAGCAGGGAAAUGUCCCCAUGACUACUCUGGCAGUACAGCCAAGACAUCACAUGACACCGCUAACAUUCCGCUAAGUGCUAAAAGGCAACGGCUUGCUGGUUUUUCAAAUGGAUCCCACAAUGAAAAACAUCAAAAUGUCCGCAUCUGGUCAGUUCAAAUUAAAUAACAGGCGACUUGACUGGAUGUACUUUUUGACUGUUGCAUUGUGGGAUGAGCCAGCAAAUCACCAUAUUUAAGCACUUAUUUACUUUUGUUCAAAUCGAUACAUCAGUUUUCAUUCAGUUUUGGUCACUACAGCAUCAUUACAGAAGCAUAUGUACAUGUCUUUAAAGAAGGCUUUUUAAAGCUCACUCAGUCCACAAUGACCAAUGUUUUUUAUAUGUUUUAAAUUGGUAUAAAAGAUUCACUUGGCUGGCAAAUCUGUAAACAUGUCAUACGUUAUGUGUUAAUAUUCACCACAGUAAGGGUGGCUGUUGGUUUGGUUUCAAUUUAGAGCAAAAGCACAUUUUAUUUUGUUUUGGGAAACGCUUUUUCAAAUGUCUUUCACAGUUUUUCCUGCACCAGAUUGUCUAUGUCCUGUUUAUCUGAGUCAAACAAUGUUUACUGAUCAUUUUUAGUGUUGCAUUGAUGCUUGGAGUCCCAAAUGGAUGGCUUUUAUUGGUUCAGAAGCAUUCAAAUGGAGUCAGAUAAGCUGUCACUCACAGAAAUUAUUCUAAAAUGAGCUUAAAAUAGUUUCUGUGUGACCUCUCUGCUACAUUUUGCUUUUAAAAAUGAUUUGUAAAUGUGAUUUGAAUCCAGCCCGCUGUCCUGCAUUGUAAAUAUGAACGUGUUUGAACGACGUUUUGUUAACUUGACGCCACGUCUCUUUAAAUGUACUCAACGGUAGAACGAUAAACAAAGAUGCUUGUUUGACCUUCCUUUUACAUGUCUUAAUAUAUGUUUUAUUUAUACUGUACUUAAACACAUUUUUGUCCAGA